UAAGUCAGUGAAAAUAUUUUCCAUAUUUUAAAAAUAUAUUAUUACUUUCUGUGAACUAAUAUCACCCAGUUUAUAUUAUGGAUCCUAAAAUUAUGGAAUUUAUCAUGUCAAUGCCUGAGUCCGAGUCGGCCAACGACUACGGAGAAGAGCCCACCGAACAGGACAUGACUGCAGUGGUUGGGGCAGCGCUCGGGUCAGUGGCCGACAUUAUGCGGGCCGCUUCGGUGCGAUACAUACCGCAAGGGCUGACAGUGCCCGCACUCAUGUACGCCGACAUCAUUGCAUUUGUGACCGAAAAACUACCAUGGUGCGCUGAACAGCUCCGG